AUGGCGUCCCAGCAAGUCUUCCGCUUGCCCCAGCGCAACUCCAUCCAGGACCUCCAACUUGGCACCGAGCCUAUUACUUCUCCCUCGUCCUACGAAGUCCUCAUCCGUAUUCGCAGUGUUGCUCUCAACUUCCGCGACUUCGCGGUUGCGACCGGAAAGUACCCCUUCCCUGUCAAAGACAAUGUUGUUCCUUGCUCCGACCUCGCCGCCGGCGCUGCCGUUAAAGCCAAUAAAUUAAAUAACGCCAAGAUUUGA